AUGUCCGCUCCCGAGACCCAACGGCUGUUCCUAAAGUCCUGGUGGCCGGUGGCCGUGCCCUUGAAUGGAGAUAUGGGCGUGGAUUUCUUUCUCCUCCUGUCCGGCUACCUCAUUGGCAGCUCGGUGUUCAAUGAAAUCAGGGAUGCUGCAUCCUUCGCCUGGGUGCCGUUCUUAAUUCGCAGAGUCUUCCGCAUCGCCCCGGUGUUCUACAUGACGGUGUUCCUUGCGAUAGCUACGCAAGGGCUCGAGGCCUGCAAGCUUGCGUGGUGGAAGAAGCUCCUGUUCAUCGAGAACAUGACGGUCAACUUGCAGGACGAAGGGCAAUGUGCUCCUCAGACUUGGUCGGUGAGCCUCGAGAUGCAGCUCUAUUUGGCCACUCCCCUGGUAGCGAUGCUGGCAUUCCGCUUGCGGCGCCAUUUUGCAUGGGCUCUUAUCGGCAUCUGUGCUUGCGCGUGGAUUGCGUGUGGUGUGGCUCGUCAGGUUGCCUUGCCUGAUGUGGUUGCCAUGAAGGGGAGCGUGUGGUACACGGGGACGCAGUAUCGAUGCGCCCCAUACGUCAUGGGAGUGGCAGUCUCUGUUCUUUGCAACAGGUCGUUCCAGGGGGACACUCCCUUCCCUUCAACAAACAACCUUCUACACAGAACCUUGGCCCUUCUGUCUUGUGUCAUUCUUGCUGACUGCGCUUACUUUGGAGGUGGUGGACCCUUGCUAGGUUUCGAGAGCCCAAUGGCAAGAUGGCCCUUCGGCCCACAAGCCGCGAGGUUGCACUUCGUACUGGGACGUCCACUCGUCGGCGCUGUGGCAGGAUACCUUCUUUGGAGGAACCUCAACGGCCGCGACGUGUGCAUGCACAAAGUCCUUGCAGCACCCAUCUGGCGCCCCCUGGCGCGGCUGAGCUACUCUGCCUACAUGUUGCAGGUGGUGAACUUUGCUGUUGCCCCUUUGGUCCUAGCUCCACUGGCCGACCCUAAGAGCAGUGUUGCAAAAGCGGUCGCUUCUCUUCCUCAAGCCGCUUUGGCUUGCCUGUGCUACACAUGGGCGGUGCUCUACACCCUCUUCGCCUUCGCGCUGGCGCUUGUGAGCUACGUGGCCGUGGAAGUCCCUGGCAUAGCGAUGGGCCAGCGACUCACCUCCAAGCUCAAGAAGCCGAAGCUCCUGAUACCAAACCUCAAGCAGCCGCUUGUGGCUCAGUAG